AUGUCGGCGGCGGGAAAAGACUCUUUCGCAACAGACACCCGAUCAAAUCCACAAAACCACGAGGGUAUCGAGCCUGUCAAGGUCCACGGAAGACUGCUCCCUCCACCAAAAAUCAAAUAUCAGAAUGAAACGGCUUUUGUCAGGUAUGAGAAGUGGAGGACUCCUCGUAGACCACUGCUUGUACCAGCCGAGUGCGAUGUAUGGGCUGUGUAUGCUCUUGUACCCACUUACGAGGCGGGCAGAUUCGAUGAAGAGUGCUGCGAGCAGAUUAAGCUUUGGGAAAGGGAACUGGAAAUGGUGACACAGAACGUAAAGUUAUCGAAUGCACUCAAGGUUUCAGUGGUACUUCGUUUACAGAAAACUCACACAAUUCUUUUGAAGUUAGGUGGACUGAACUACGAGAUGGACUUGGAGGGAAUCUUGCCGCAAGAAGGGGGAAAAGACUGGAUCCGUCCUGGUCGUCUUUUCCUAGGAAGUGGAAUCAGCCAUCCUCCUCCGUCAGCCACCUAUGAUCCUGAAAAAGGUACUCACUCACGAGAUACCCCUUCUUCUGCAACUCUUUCUGCUUUGGGUGCUAAGAACAUCAAAACUGUCUUUAUUGUUGCACAAAAAGAACACAAUGUCCGCCUUGUGCUAGAUCGUAUUGAACGCUCUCGCAAGCCAACCGAUCAGAUUAUCACACUGGAAUUGUAG